GGGGGCGAGGAGGAGGAGGGCGAGGGCGGAAGAGCAGUGCCCCCCGCCGGCACCUGUUCCUGAGCAAUGACCUCCAAGGCAAAGAAGCGAGUGGUGCUGCCCACACGCCCGGAACCUCCCAACACUGAGCAGAUCCUGGAGGAUGUCCAGCGUGCCCAACCCAACGAUCCAGUCUUCGUCCUCCUGGCGGAACCCAGUGAAGACUUGCCCGUUCCGGCCAAGAACGAAGACCCGGAGGCCAAGCGGGAGCGCCUCUAUCGGCUGACCCAGUCCUACGUGGAGAUGAACCAUCGCUUGCAGAAGGCCUGCAGCCUGCUCAAGGAGAAAUGCGAGGAGCUGAAACUGGCCGGUGCUACUCUGGAACAGGGCAUCCUGGAGAUGAAGCAGAGGGCCUUGUGAAGACCCCGAAGCC